UACACUACUGAAAAUACAAUUAAAACACCAAUAAGUAUUACUUAUUAAGUAGUUCUGUCAGCAACAGCUAAAAAAAUCCGCUGACUGGGAACUUCAACAUCGUCGACAACUAAAGGAGUUGAAUACGACCUUGACCACGGCCCCACACGUUUGACUAGCGUUACCGUUGUGUUUAUUUAUUUUUUUAUUUGUUCCGGCGAUUACAAGCUACUCGGUACUCGCCACCACUCAGACGUACGUAAACCGGUCGGCCUAACAGACACUCAGCGCGUCGAAUAUUCCAAUACCAAUCGCAUAACCGUUUUAGCGAACUAUCGAUAAAUAUGCCCCAACUAAUAUCGGAUGACACAGAUUUUACUCCCACAGAAUCUUCAGAUGACUUUCCAGACGUUAUAGCCCAAUUAGAUUUGGAUACGAUAUCAGAACAGACAAAACAAUAUGCUCGUGACCGUGUGGGAGAGACUGAAGAGAGUCGCACUAAACUAUUGGCAGAAUUGGAGGACAUGAUUUAUGAAAAGGGAGAGGUCUUACCACACAGAAUGGAUGAAGCUUUUUUACUACGAUUUUUGCGAGCCAGAAAUUUUAAACUUAAAGCUACCUACCAAUUGAUUGUAAACUAUUGUAGGUUUAGAGAAAAGCAUCCAGAUUACUACUCUAUUAAUCCACUGAACUUAUCUCAUAUCGGUGACCAAGAUAUUCUUAGUGUAAUGCCAUACAAAGAUCAAACUAAUAGAAGAAUUAUGAUUUACAAAAUCGGCAACUGGAAAACGAAUGAAAUAGACAUGGCUGAUAUACUUAAAGCUACGUAUGCAACACUGGAACUGGGUAUAUUGGAGCCCACUGCACAAAUACUAGGCGGAGUUGUCAUAUUUGAUUUGAAUGGGUUUAAUAUGCAACAUGCUUGUCGCAUUACGCCAAAAGUAGUUUCAGUUAUUUUCGAACUCAUUGUUUCAUCUAUUCCUAUGAAAACUCACGCAGUUCAUAUAAUUAACGAAUCAUGGAUGUUUGACACUGUAUUCAAUUUAUUUAAACCUUUAUUGGGCAAGAGAAAUAGCGAAAUGUUGUUUUUCCAUAGUAGUAAAAUGGAAUCUCUACACAAGCACAUAUCCCCUAAAUAUUUACCUAAAGAAUAUGGUGGAAUUAGACCAAAUUAUCCAUAUGAACAAUGGUUUAUAAACUUACCAAAGAAUGAAAAAAUCAGAGAAGAAAUGCUCAGUUUGGGAUUCAAUAUGAGUGAGAACUGUCGUGAACGAUAAUAAUAUAUUUUAAUUAUAAGUAAUUCCUUUCCUGGUUUUAUAUUUAUCGUCUUGUAAAACAUCAAAUUGUUACACAUAACUUGUGUAACUAUAAUUAUUACAAAUGUUAUAUUUUUACUUAAAUGUA